AUGACUGAAGAGGAAAGAGAACGAGAGAAGGAGGAGAAAAAAACGCGCAACCGCCUCUCGCAGCAGGCGUUUCGUCGCAGGACCAAAGAACAAAUCAGAGAAUUAGCAAGCCUUCGUAAUGAGCUGCAGAAAGAGGAGAGCGAGCGUGUCAAGGCUUACCAGCGGGAAAAUCGUCUUCUGCGGCAGAAGCUUGUGCAGGUCCAGGCUGACCUGUCGAGGCAUCUUGCAUCGAUAAAGUCCAUAUGCAAUUCGGUUUCGGCGACGCUUGAUGGUACUGGCGAUCAAGUUGGUGAGGCUUUGGAAGAUGCUGAGGGCGAAGAGGAUGACGACAGGGAAGAAUACGAAGAGGCAGAUGAGGAUGUUGUCCCCAUGACGGGGCCCUUCUCCAGCACACCGACUCAGGGCCUUUCUGUUUCCGGGCCAUCAUCUUUUACGCCUCAGGUGUUUGGUCCUGCUCCUCCUCUCGAUUCUACCCCUUUUACCAUGCAGAAUGCUGUCCCAGACGCACAAUGCCCAACGUCUGCCGAACUUGUUAACGGCGCCGGCACCAGUCCUUUCUACGCUCAACUACCGGGUAUCUGGAGUCAUCGGUACCAAAUGGGACCGGAGCCCUAUUUUGAGGCCAUGAGUGCGACUCAAGAAGCGAGCAUGAUCCUGGGGAAAGACUUUAACUGGAGUAACUCGCCCUUUUCGGACCACAUUCAACUUCUUCAGCGUCUUUUACUGUCAAAACUAAACGGCCUUGGCUUUGCGGCAGGUGGUCAGUACCCGGUCCAGAGCAUCUAUCAACCCGUCCUUAUGGCCUUGUCCCUGUUCAACAGCAUGACAAGGCCUGACGUCAUGGCCUGGUACGCCAAAACACGCUUCUAUCACAUCAUCGAACUCACGGCUUGGCAACUAUUCCCUUCCAUCGCCACAUACAACAAACUGCACCCAAGAUAUCAGCCCACACCGAUCCAGCUGGAGCAUCAACACCCAUUAGUCAUCGACUGGAUCCCCUUCCCGGCGCUGCGAGACCAGCUCGUGCAGCAUCACUCGGCCAAUCCUGACAUUGAUCAGAUCUUUUGUGAUGCCGUCACGGGAUACGUGGUUGAGACACCUAUGGCUAGUCUUGUACAAGGAGCUCCCCUGGCCACGGCGUACAUCCGCGUUACGGACCUGAUCACGGCCAUGGAUGCUAGCAUGCCUGGAAAUGAUACGGAUAUGGCGACACUGCCCGCCCCGAGCGUCGCGAUGCUGUUCUCUUCUCCGGCAUAUGCCCGCGCUGCCUUUCGGAAACUCAACAUGGACAAGGGAGCUGGAUAUUACAAAAUCGAUCCCGCGUUCUUUCAGAAAUACCCAGAACUGCGUCCUGGAUCAGGUGACCUUGUAGCAAUGGGCAUACCUCUCAAGCCGAAGCAGCAAAACAUCUUGACGUACCCCAAGCCUCUGGAUCCGACAACAGUCCAGACGUACCGCAGCUUCAUCGACUUUUCCAUCGACGCCGCCAACACAAUCUCAUCAGCAAACAUCCCGGCUGUUUAG